GGGACCAGAGCAGAAGCGGUCCUCGCAGCACCCAGUCUCUGCUUGGGCUCCCGCUUCUUCUUUGCCGCUGGGCCUCGGCCCAGGAGCCACGACGGGCGACACGGAGCCGCCAGUGCUGGAGGGGGAGCCGUGGGUGCGGGGCAGCGUGGGGGCUGAGGCCCCGGGACGCCCGCCCGGCCCCAGGCCCCGCUCCGCCCGGGCGCCCCCACGGGUGCCCCCCCCUUCUUGGUCCGAGCAGUGUGAGUGUGCCCGGGAGCCCGGCGGCGGCGGCGGCGGUGGCAGCGGCGUGGAAACCGGCGUGGGCUGGGGGGUCCGAGCCGCGGGGGGCAGUGCCAUGCACAAGCACCAGCACUGCUGUAAGUGCCCCGAGUGCUAUGAGGUGACCCGCCUGGCAGCCCUGCGGCGUCUCGAGCCUCCGGGCUACGGGGACUGGCAGGUCCCCGACCCCUAUGGGCCAGGUGGGGGCAACGGGGCCAGCGCGGGCUAUGGGGGCUACAGCUCCCAGACCUUGCCCUCGCAGGCGGGGGCCACCCCCACCCCUCGCACCAAGGCCAAGCUCAUCCCCACCGGCCGGGAUGUGGGGCCGGUGCCUCCUAAGCCGGUCCCGGGCAAGAGCACCCCCAAACUCAACGGCAGCGGCCCCAGUUGGUGGCCCGAGUGCACCUGUACCAAUCGGGACUGGUAUGAGCAGGCCAACCCUGCACCCCUCCUAGUGAACCCUGAUGCCCUGAAGCCCAGCCUCUUGGUGAAUGGCAGCGAUGGCAUGUUCAAAUAUGAGGAAAUUGUACUUGAGCGGGGCAACUCUGGCCUGGGCUUCAGUAUCGCAGGUGGCAUCGACAAUCCUCAUGUCCCUGAUGACCCUGGCAUCUUUAUUACCAAGAUUAUCCCUGGUGGAGCAGCUGCCAUGGAUGGGAGGCUGGGGGUGAAUGACUGUGUGCUGCGGGUGAAUGAGGUGGACGUGUCGGAGGUGGUGCACAGCCGGGCGGUGGAGGCGCUGAAGGAGGCAGGCCCUGUGGUGCGAUUGGUGGUGCGGAGGCGACAGCCCCCACCUGAGACCAUCAUGGAGGUCAAUCUGCUCAAAGGGCCCAAAGGCCUGGGUUUCAGCAUUGCUGGGGGCAUUGGCAACCAGCACAUCCCAGGAGACAACAGCAUCUACAUCACCAAGAUCAUUGAGGGGGGUGCUGCUCAGAAGGAUGGACGCCUACAGAUCGGGGACCGGCUGCUGGCGGUGAACAACACCAAUCUGCAGGAUGUGAGGCACGAGGAAGCUGUGGCCUCACUGAAGAACACAUCUGAUAUGGUAUAUUUGAAGGUGGCCAAGCCAGGCAGUCUCCACCUCAAUGACAUGUACGCUCCCCCGGACUACGCCAGCACUUUUACUGCCUUGGCUGACAACCACAUAAGCCAUAAUUCCAGCCUGGGUUAUCUCGGGGCUGUGGAGAGCAAGGUCAGCUACCCUGCUCCUCCUCAGGUUCCCCCGACCCGCUACUCUCCUAUUCCCAGGCAUAUGCUGGCUGAGGAGGACUUCACCAGAGAGCCUCGCAAGAUCAUCCUGCACAAAGGCUCCACAGGCCUGGGCUUCAACAUCGUAGGAGGAGAGGAUGGAGAAGGCAUUUUUGUCUCCUUCAUCCUGGCAGGAGGCCCAGCUGACCUGAGUGGGGAGCUGCGCAGGGGAGACCGGAUCUUAUCGGUGAAUGGAGUGAACCUGAGGAAUGCAACUCAUGAGCAGGCUGCAGCUGCUCUGAAACGGGCCGGCCAGUCAGUCACCAUCGUGGCCCAGUACAGACCUGAAGAAUACAGUCGCUUUGAAUCGAAGAUACAUGACUUGCGAGAACAAAUGAUGAACAGCAGCAUGAGCUCUGGGUCUGGGUCCCUCCGAACAAGUGAGAAGAGGUCCUUGUAUGUCAGGGCCCUGUUUGAUUAUGAUCGGACUCGGGACAGCUGCCUGCCAAGCCAAGGGCUCAGCUUCUCUUAUGGUGACAUUCUGCAUGUCAUUAAUGCCUCUGAUGAUGAGUGGUGGCAGGCAAGGCUGGUGACCCCACACGGAGAAAGUGAGCAGAUCGGUGUGAUCCCCAGUAAGAAGAGGGUGGAAAAGAAAGAAAGAGCUCGAUUGAAAACUGUGAAGUUUCAUGCCAGGACGGGGAUGAUUGAGUCUAACAGGGACUUCCCAGGGUUAAGUGACGAUUAUUAUGGAGCAAAGAACCUGAAGGGAGUGACAUCCAACACCAGUGACAGCGAAAGCAGUUCCAAAGGACAAGAGGAUGCUAUUUUGUCAUAUGAGCCAGUGACACGGCAAGAAAUUCACUAUGCAAGGCCUGUGAUCAUCCUGGGCCCAAUGAAGGACCGAGUCAAUGAUGACCUGAUUUCUGAAUUUCCACAUAAAUUUGGAUCCUGUGUGCCACAUACUACCCGGCCUCGGCGUGACAAUGAGGUGGAUGGACAAGACUACCACUUUGUGGUGUCUCGAGAACAAAUGGAGAAAGAUAUUCAGGACAACAAGUUCAUUGAGGCGGGUCAAUUUAAUGAUAAUCUCUAUGGGACCAGCAUCCAGUCAGUGCGGGCAGUUGCAGAGAGGGGCAAACACUGCAUCUUAGAUGUUUCCGGCAAUGCUAUCAAGAGACUGCAGCAAGCACAACUUUACCCCAUUGCCAUUUUCAUCAAGCCCAAGUCCAUUGAAGCCCUUAUGGAAAUGAACCGAAGGCAGACAUAUGAACAAGCAAAUAAGAUCUAUGACAAAGCCAUGAAACUGGAGCAGGAGUUUGGAGAGUACUUUACGGCCAUUGUACAGGGUGACUCACUGGAAGAGAUUUAUAACAAAAUCAAACAAAUCAUUGAGGACCAGUCUGGGCACUACAUUUGGGUCCCGUCCCCUGAAAAACUCUGAAGAAUCCCCUCCAACCAUUCUCUUGUGAACAGAAGAAAUCAAGUCCCUCUUCCCUCCUCCCUCUUCAUUCCUGUCCCCAUGGGGAGAACAAAUGCUAUGUUCUUGUCCCCUUUUUUAGAUAUGUCAAAAAAAAUUGAGUUUUCUAGUCCUGUUUUUUUUUUUUUUAAAUUUUUUUGUUUGUUUUAGUUUAUUUUUUGGGAUGAUGCCAUCUCACUCAUCAUGUGACUGUGCCCAUUCCUGCAUGGACCUUUCCCAAGCGCUAGCACAGGUGCAAAAUCCAUCAGAGCCAUUGUUUUCAUAAAACCAAGCAGAAGUGAAGAGAAAAGAGGAGGACUGAUGGAAAGACAGACUGGACAGCUGCACGGCUUGUGAAGUGAGCUAAAUGCACCACAUGAUGAGAUGCUCCUGGGCAUUUCUCCCUAUCUGUACUGCUGUCUUGCAGCUCUGAAUGGUGCAACGUAAUGGCGACAGAAAGUAUCUUAUUUAUAUAUAGAUAUAUAUAUGUAAUUUAUAUAAAAUAUAUAGAAAUUAUUAUAUAUAUAUAUUAUACACUCUCAUAUAAUAUAUAUAUAUAUUCACACACAUUUGGAUUAGAAAAUCUAUGGAGACUUCAUCAAUGGUACUAUGUUAUUAGAGAAAUGCUUUAAUUUUCAUAUUCCAAUCAGAUGGCAUCUUCUAUCCCAGCUGGUUGGGAAGGGAUUGAAGAUGGUAGCAGGUGCUGCACUAAGGGCACUCGCAUUUGGUCAUUCUCUUGAGAGCUAGGAGGAGUCAGCCUGAGGCCUGAGAGAGAGGGCUUUUGCCUGGGGCAAGAGGGUUAGAGACUUGGCCUGAAAGCAGCUGCUGCCCCUGAGGUGCAGCCAGUCCUGUGUGCGGAGGGAGAGAAUGGCUAAUGAUGCUCCCUGUGGAAUUGCCUAUUGUUUUAUGCCACCUGAUGUGUCUGCAUGAGAAGUUUCCUUUUUGUUCCUUUUUAAGCUGCUGUUAAACCAAAACCAUGUUGUGCUACUGUGUCAGCCUUUUCAUUACUGCAAAUUUUACUUUGACUAUUUAAGUGAAUGCGUACAAUCCAAUUUGCCAAGGUUCUAAAGGCUUAUGAGGUCCUGAAGGAGCCAGGCCUUGUGAUGGAGUAGGCGACCCAGGCCUGGUUGUCCUGUCAGCAGAAGGGAGAGCAGGGGCUAGGCUGAGAGGAGGACAUGCAGUGCUCUGCUGAGGUUCCUCCCUGGGUUCCACCAACAGGGACGGGGAGUCACUUGCCUUCCAGUUCUAUGCUGGGAUGGCAGGACAGCACUUGGCUUGCUUGGCCAGCCGUGUCAUGAGUUUGAUGUGGUUUUUUUUUGGUUUUGUUUUGUUUUGUUUUGUUUGCAGCUGCUUCAUAUGCUCUGCUCCAGCCCCUCCCCCAAAGCUGGUAGCUUACGGUUUCUUCAAGAGGAAAGUAGACUGACUUUAUGCUGUAUAUUUGAGCUGUAGAGCUAAGAUUCGCUUACUGGUGAGCUGUGAAACCUUGUUGCUUUUUCUCAGAGUCUGAUGGCAGUGACUGUGGUCAAGGGAGUCUUCACCACCACAAGUGCAGGCAGCAGCUGCAGGUCAGGUCCUCCCCCGCGACUGUGCUCCUUUGAAGCCAAUGUGCCUCCCUCGCCUCCAUACUGGAGAGACGACACCGGGGAGAAUGGAGAAGUGCUUGGCCCUAGGGUUGAGGCAGUUGUUUCCUAGCCCGCUGGGUUAGGGCUGGUUGCCCGCGAGGCGAUGUUGAGGAUGCUUUAAGCACUACCAGCCAAAUUCCAGAACUCUGUUAACAAUUAUCCGACCAGCAGAACGAGACUAAUUGUAUAAAGCAUGCGACCCAGAAUGAGGAUAAGGAAAGGGCAGCAGCUUUUCCUGGGCAGUACACUGGCUUGAAGGCAAAGAGGGAUACAGUGACAGCCGACUGUGACUCGUGAGGAGGGGGUGAACAGGGAGUGUUGAUUGUCUGAUGUUAACUAAGUGGUGAAGUCUGAACCAUGCUCAGCCCUCCCCCCUCCCAGGGAAGAGAAACAAAGAUUCAAAGUAAGCAUGACGCUAGCUGGUUUACCAGUGUUCCUUCCAAGGAGACAUAUAUUUUUUAAUAAACGAUAGUUGCAAUGAACUAUGGCUCAGAGACCUUCUUGAAGUAGUUGAGAAGGGAGGGCGUGGGCAAAGCAGUGGGAAGAACAUCCCAAACUUUUGGGGGCCAGAGGGCUCAAUCCUUAGCGAUGAUCAGCUAGCCAAGCUGGGCCGUCCUGGGGAUUGGCACAACUCCCUGGGGUGGUGACAGGCCCUUUGUGAAAGGUGUGUGCUGGGUCUUCCACCCGAGUCCCAGACACUGCUUCAAACAGCAGCAGCCAGAUGGGAGUCCACAUCUGUGGAGGCAAAAUGCUGACAUUUUCCCAAGAGGUACAUAAGGUGGGAGAGGCCUGCUGCAGCAAAGGUGUGAAUUAGCGAAAGCAGGUGACUGAUUUAGUAGCAGAGAACUGGGUGAGAAAAAUGGCCAGGGAAAGUGACCUGCCAGCUACCAGUGUUUCCAAAAAUGAGGAUGGGAUGGGCCCAGUUUGCAGAGCAGGGCAGCAGUUAUCCCCACAGCCCUCUGAGGAGGGGAGGGGUGCUUAGAGUGGGCAGUUCUGGCUGUUCUGAUGUGGCAGACGCCAUUGCAACUUGUGCGGAGGAGGAAGUGCUGUCAUAAUUCAUAAGGUCAAGAGCAACAUCUGGAUGAAUGAGCCACUUGAAAUGUGUGUGGUCUGAGCCACAGGAAGGGUCAAGCCUCUUGCUUGUGGUGCUUUAUGGUGUGUAGGUUGCUUGCUUUCCCACAUGCUCUCAUUUGCUAGAAGGCAGCCCAGCAAAAGGGAGUCCCCGAAGAGCUCCAUGAGAGCUCCAGAAAAUUCAUCUCCUGAGGGCAAAGAACAAAGAUCCGGCCUAUGGCCAUGCUGCUGAGGCUCUGUCUUCACAGCUGAUGUUCUCCUAGUGGAGGUACAGCUGAAGAACAUCCAGCUCCAGCACAAGAAGAAACAGAGCAACUUGGAAACCCCAAAGGGAGCCGCACCCUUAACACUGUGCCAUGCCGUGCUGUGCUGUGUCCUGAAGGAGGAUAGAUCCCUGUCUCCUCCUGGUUUUGUUGCUGACAUUACAAGGAUCAUGCCUUGACUCCUUCAUCUCUAACAGAGGAAGAAGUGUAUUAUCAAACCUUAUGGUCUACCAUGACUAAAUAAAAUAUUUGUUC